AUGAUCUUCCUCAAAGGCCCCGGCUCUAUCUCUGUGAAGGUGCCGCCUUAUAACUUGAACAAAUACUAUUCCAAUGGACAGCUGUAUCUGCAGAAUAAACUCGACCCCAAAGAGCCAGAGUCGAUCCCAGACCCGGAUUUUAUUGAUCCUCCACAGCUGUUUUUGUGCAACUCGGUUGGUUUGCCUUUCUGGUGCUCCAACUGCCGCUCCAUCAAAACCCAGCGGGCUCAUCACUCGUCCAAACUCGGCCAUUGCAUCCCCAAGUUCGACCACUACUGUCUGUACAUUGGCACCAUCAUUGCCCAGAACAACUUCACGUGGUUUCUGUGCUUUGUGAUGUGUUUUGAGGUGCUCUUCAUCUACAUCUACGUGGCCACGUUUGCAAACUCCAGAUCUGUGCUCAACUAUGGCUCCGAAAACACUCUCCAUCCAGCUGCCAUCAUCAUGGUUGCAUGCAACGGGUUCUUCUCGUUGAUGUUGCUAGCGCUCAACUUCUCGUUUGCGCGCGUGUUCAAGUUCAAUGAGACCAGCGUCGACUUUCUCCAGAUCGGAAAGGCCAAACAGUACAGGUUCAAGCUGUACUCGAAAAGAAAAUCCUUGAGAGACUUCCUUUUCCCUACAAAACUUAAUAGAGACCAGACAUACGCCCAGUUCAUCAACACCCAGCGGUACGUCAACGUCGAACACCCAGACCAGCUCAACAUCCGAGUCGUGCUGCCGCUUCCGGAGAACCAGCACCCGUUCAAUAAAGGACGAUGGGAGAACUUUAUUGACUGGUUCCGGAAAUACGACUUCCAAACCGCCGAGGAGGUUGUUGUGCACGAAGAAACGACGUUCUCCAACACAUUCAAGAGCUGGGUGUUCCAGCAGGUCAAAGCGGGCGAGGGCCAUAUUUUUGGAUCCGCAGAUAUUACACCGGUUACUGUGUGA